AUGCUCAUAAGAAACUGGCAGAUAGCCGGAUUACCGAAAGACUCGCUAAGUAUCGAAAAUGGCGUCAUUGUCCAGUAUUCGAAGAGAUGUCCGUUAUUUAUCGAUCCUCAGGGUCAGGCUAACAAGUGGAUAAAGAAUUUGGAGAAAGAGAAUUUGAUCGAAGUCGUCAAACUGACCGACAAGGAUUUCCAAAGAAAUCUCGAAAACUCGAUCCGAUUCGGUAAACCGUGUCUGCUGGAAAAUAUCGGCGAAGAAAUCGAUCCGACUCUGGAACCGAUACUACUUAAACAAGUAUUCAAACAAGAUGGUACACUCGUGGUGAAGCUGGGUGACGCGUUGAUACCCUUCCACAACGACUUCAAAUUCUACCUGACCACCAAACUCCCAAACCCGCACUACUCAGCCGAGGUCUCCACCAAGGUCACCCUCGUUAACUUCACCCUUUCCCCAAGCGGUUUAGAAGGCCAGCUAUUAGGGAUGGUGGUAGCAGAAGAGAGGCCAGAUCUAGAGGACGCAAAGAACCAAUUGAUCGUGAAUAGCGCGAAAAUGAGAGCCGAGCUAAACGAAAUCGAAGAUAAGAUUCUGACGAGGUUGAGUUCCUCCGAAGGCAACCCAGUCGACGACCUUGACCUCAUCAUGACUCUGGAGGCCUCCAAAUUGAAAUCGGCAGACAUAAAGGCGAAAGUAGUAGCGGCUGAGCAGACGGAACGCGACAUUGACGACACGCGCAGCCAGUACACGCCAGUGGCAACGAACACUCAGAUUUUGUUUUUCAGCGUCUCCAAUUUGAACCUCAUCGACCCGAUGUACCAGUACUCACUGGGCUGGUUCAUCAAUAUCUUCAUCAACAGUAUUCACAACGCUAGAUCGUCCGAUCAAAUAGCAAAGAGAUGUGCCUCCAUAAACGACUACUUCACUUACAAUCUCUACUGUAACGUCUGCAGGAGCCUCUUCGAGAAGCACAAGCAGCUCUUUGCACUCCUACUCUCCAUUCGAACCCUACAAAAUGUCAACAAGAUUGAUGAAGACGAAUACAGAUUCCUAUUGGCUGGCAGUUCGUUGACGUCAUCGAAAGAUCUACCCAAUCCCGCACCUGAUUGGCUGUCGGAUAGAUCGUGGGCGGAAAUUAGGAACCUGGCCUCCGUGAAAGCCUACAAGAAUAUCGUGGAAUAUUUUGUCGAAGAUGCCAAUCAAUUUAAAGAGAUGUUCCAACAUGCUGAACCGCAUAGGAUGACAUUUCCGGAACCUUGGCAAAGCGAGACGACGGAUUUCCAGAAGAUCCUGUUAAUCCGCUGCCUGCGUCCGGACAAACUGACGAACGCCAUGCAGGAUUUUGUGGUGAAAACUUUGGGUAAGCAGUUUGUUGAGCCCCAGACUGCAAAUCUGGGGGUAGUUUUCAAGGAUUCCUCCCCCGUUUGUCCGCUUAUCUUCAUCCUAUCACAGGGGACUGACCCAGCAGUUGAUUUGUACAAAUUCGCAGAGGAGAUGAAAUUCUCAAAGAAACUCAGUUCCAUAUCGUUGGGUCAAGGACAGGGGCCCAUAGCGGAGCAGAUGAUGUUAGAAGCAAUGGACCGCGGGUUUUGGGUCUUCUUUCAAAAUUGCCACCUCGCUCCUAGCUGGAUGCCAUCUCUCGAGAAAUUGAUCAGCAACAUUCGCAUGGAAACUGUACACAAAGACUUCAGACUAUGGCUGACCAGCAUGCCAAGCCCUCAGUUUCCGGUUUUUAUUCUCCAAAAUGGCGCCAAAAUGACGAUGGAGCCCCCGAGGGGUAUCAAGGCGAACCUUUUGAAAGCUUACAGCAACUUCAACGACGAUUUCUUCAGGAAGAUUGAUGCUGAAUACGUUUCCAACCAAUCCAUCCAACCAAUCAAAGAAACAAACCAACCAAUCCCAAAUCAGGUACACAAUUUUAAGCUCAUCCUCUUCUCAUUAUGCCUCUUUCACGGCGUCAUAUUAGAGCGUAGAAAGUUCGGCGCCCUGGGGUUCAACAUACCGUACGAGUUUACAGACGGCGAUUUACGUAUUUGUGUCAGCCAGUUAAAAAUGUUCCUAGAUGAUUAUUCCACUGUACCUUUCAAGGUCUUAUCAUACACGGCUGGGGAGAUAAAUUAUGGCGGCCGUGUUACGGACGAUUGGGAUCGGCGGACGAUGAAGAGCAUUCUGUCGGAUUUCUACACCAAGAGCGUUCUCGAUUCGAACUAUUCGUUUAGCGGUAAUUACUCCCAAAUCGAUGCCGGAUCCGAUCAGAAUGACUACAUAACUUACAUAAAAUCACUACCCCUUAACGACCCCUCCGAAAUCUUCGGCCUACACGAGAACGCUAACAUCACAUUCGCGCGAAACGAAGCUUACGAGCAGCUAGGAGCGCUACUUCUACUGCAGCCGAAAAGCUCGGCGGCUGGGGAAUUUUCUAGAGAAAAGGUCGUGAGUGAGGUUGCACAGUCCAUACACAGUGUAGUACCCCAGGAGAUUAACUUGAAGAACGUACUAGCCCUAUACCCGGUACUCUACGAGCAAUCAAUGAAUACCGUCCUCACACAGGAAAUUGUCAGGUACAACCAGCUCCUCUCGGUGAUUCGAUCGACCCUGUCUGACCUCUUUAAAGCCCUCAGCGGGCAGGUCAUAAUGUCACACGACCUUGAACUUAUGUCCAACAGCCUCUUCAAUAAUCAGGUUCCAGAGAAAUGGAGCAACAAGGCCUAUCCAUCCUUGAAGCCAUUAUCCUCUUGGGUCACUGAUCUUAGAGAAAGGAUCGACUUCCUCAAUAGCUGGAUUGAAAGAGGGACACCAAAUGUUUUUUGGAUUUCCGGGUUUUUCUUCCCGCAAGCUUUCCUAACGGGAACUCUUCAAAAUUUUGCCAGGCAGAACUUGAUACCCAUUGAUACUAUAUCAUUCGACUUUCAGGUGAUGAAACAGCCGGCGGACAGCAUACUGGAGCCACCGGAAAAGGGUUGUUACGUCACGGGGCUAUUUCUAGAGGGGGCCCGUUGGGACAUGAGGAGAUUCCGGUUAGAAGAAUCGAAUCUGAAAGAGUUGUACACGAAAAUGCCGUGCCUGUGGUUGAAGCCGGUAUCUUCUAGGAAACGACAUUCAAUUGGUCUGUAUGAGUGCCCCGUCUAUAAGACCCUUAAGAGAGCCGGCGUUCUAUCAACCACGGGGCACUCGACGAAUUUCGUUUUUUCAGUGGAAAUCCCCACCAACAAGCAACAAAAACACUGGAUCAAAAGGGGCGUGGCUUUGUUAUGUGCUCUGGACUAUUAA